CUCUUGCGCGUGAUUUAAAGAGGCAGAGUGCCAACGCGACUGAAUCCGUGGCGAAAAAAAACAAAAAGCAGAAGAGCGGAGUGGAGAGAGAAAGCGCAGGACUCUGGGAAAUGCAGCUGUUUAUCCUCUCGGUGAUUUUGGCGUUCGGCCUCGCCGUGCCUCCUCAGGAGAAACGUGUGCAUCACCAGCGUGAUCUGAGUGACCACGCCCAUGACGAUGCUCACGGCUACCAGUACGACCACGAGGCCUUCCUGGGCAAAGAAGAAGCCAAGACCUUUGACCAGCUGACCCCUGAGGAGAGCAAAGCCAGACUUGGGAAAAUCGUAGACCGCAUUGACACAAAUAAGGAUGGCUUCGUUAACCAUGCUGAGCUGCACCACUGGAUCAAACACCGGCAGAGGAGGUACAUCGAAGAGAAUGUGAACAAGCACUGGAAAGAUUAUGACGAGAACAAGGAUGGCAAGAUCUCCUGGAUGGAGUACAAGAGCACCACCUAUGGAACUUACCUGGAUGAUGACUCUGAGUAUUUGGAAGACAGAGAGUCCUAUAAAGCCAUGCACGCCCGAGACCAGCGGCGGUUCAAGAUGGCGGAUAAAGAUGGAGAUGGCAUCGUGAUGAAGGAGGAGUUCACCGCGUUCCUCCAUCCAGAGGAGUUCGAUUACAUGAAGGGAGUUGUAGUGCAGGAGACGAUGGAGGACAUCGACAAGAACGGAGACGGCAAGGUCGAUUUAGAGGAGUACAUCGGUGACAUGUUCACUCCUGAGGAGGGCGAGAGUGAACCCGAGUGGGUGACCACGGAGAGGAAACACUUCUCAGAGUACAGAGACCUCAACAAGGACGGCUUCCUCAACGCUGAUGAAGUUGCUCACUGGAUCCUUCCUCAAGACGUCGAUCACGCAGACAACGAGGCCAAACAUCUCCUCCACGAGACGGACAAGAACCACGACGACAGAAUUUCCAAGGCAGAGAUUCUGGAUAACUGGAACAUGUUUGUUGGGAGCCAAGCCACUAAUUACGGAGAAGAUCUGACGAGGAAACAUGAUGAGCUCUGAUCUGAUUUAAACAGAGUCAGAUUUAAAUAUACAGAGGGAGGGAGGGGAGUUUCAUUCCACAGGGAAAAGAAAUUAACUUUUUUUUUUUUUAAAUGGGUGGGAGGGUUAGAUUAUUAGGAGCGGAACUAAAGGUCAGGGGUCAAAAGAGAAAGGUCAGGAGGCUGGGAGGGAAUUUCAGUUUACCUGAAACAGAUCGUAUUUAUUUAGUCACACACUUUACUCAUUAAAAAACCAGGUUUAUGCGCUCACACACACACACACACACACACACACACACAUACACACCCAAAACAGCACGUUUCUCUGCCCCGGGUGUGGCUGAUGUGAAGAAGCUUCCAUUGUUUGUUCAUAUGACACAAUACAUCAUAUAUAUAAUUUUUUUUUAAAAAAAGAGACAAUGUUGAAAAUAACACUACUACGCUUUUAAAAAAAAAACGAUUGGCUAAAACACUCCAUCAAAUAGGCAGCACAUCUGAGUCAUGUGACAUCAGCAACUGACUCCUCCCACUCCUGUGCUGCUGUAGUUGUUUCAGUCCAAGUUUAUGAAAAACUUUUACUUCCUAAAAAUCAUGAAAACACAUUCCGUGUCUGAUAAACAUUCAAGCUACAGACUCCUCAGAAAGCUUUAUCUGCUUAUGUUCUACAAAUAAACAUGAAAUGCAGAUCUUUACCCUCGUGCUCCUCUCUAGAACAUCACAUGAUCACGCGGCAAAAAAAGAAACCUGGAAGCAGAUGUGCCAGCUCUGUGCACACGUACAUUAAAAUACUGUUUGAUUUCCUACCCAACAUUUCACGCAUUUUGAGCAGCGGAUCAGUGAAAAUGUCAGCCAUGUAGAAACGUUUCACGAUAUCCGUGAGGGACAUUAGGACUUGUGAAAGGACAUUUCAGGGGUUGGUCACAUGAGCGCUUUAUUUAGAAAGAUGUUUAGAAGAUAAAUCUGGGUGUGCAGACGUGUACUAUGGUGGUCAUGUAUGUUUUGGGCCGUUGGAGCUAUACGCAGUUAGUUGUGGCAUCCAAAACAGCAGCGGGUGCUGUAAUAAUGCAGGAUUUUAAAAACUAUUGAGAGGUAUGAUUUGGGAAGGGACUGGGUGAUGGCAUUAACAGCAGAGGUUGGGGUGAGGUUCUUCACCUGUACACUGUCUCUAUACUCUCCACCCAAACCCAGAUGAUCAGGAGGACCUCAGGGUCAUGGGGUCAGGAUCAGCCACACUCGGGAAUCAGUUCACGUUUGAUCAUUAACACAGCGGAGUUACGCACUGAAGAAACACAGCUAAGUGCCUGAACGGACUUGUUUUACACACACACAGCUGCCUGAUGUCUCAUCACCUGGAGACGCACCACUCACCGCGAGAGAGAGAGAGGGAGGUAUAGAAGAGGACAGAAGGUGUUUUUUAAGCAAAACACAUUUUUGUUAUUGUUUACUGGUGAAACAUUUCUCUGUGAAUUCCAAAUCAAAUAAACCCUGAUCCUGUUUUUUUUA